AUGAAAGAUACAAUUGUAUACAAACUGAAAGAAAAAUCUGGCAACCAUAGAUCCAACUUAGACUCCAUUUCGAAUACUAAAGCCUCUGCGACUAAAGAGCCCAAAAAUUCUAAAAAAGACACUAAAGCUCAAGAAAAUAGUGUAUAUAUGGACGGCAACCCGUCUAUUGAUUCUAAUAUACAUAUAAAACAUAUAGAAGCUGAAAAACCUGUAGUAAAUGUAGAAGAUAUUCAGAUUAUAAAACCUAUGCCAAUUAAAAAUACUCUAAAGCUAAUAUUUCUAAGAGAAGAAACAGCCAAACCAACUCAAUCUACUCCAUGUGAAGCUGGUUUUAUGCAACUAAACAAUUUAUACACAGAAUCUACAGGAAAUACAAGACUUAUAGGAUACUCUGCAUUUGCUGAAUAUAAAAAUCCUAUAAAACAAACAAUCCAGAGAGAAGAAAAUACUAGAGACCAAGCUACUCCAUACGAUAAUUAUUAUUUGCAACCAGACAGUCAUUCUAUAGAAAUUCUAGAAAGAGCACUAAUAGAGGAGAAUACUAGAGACCAAUCUACUCCAUACGAUAAUUAUUAUGUGCAACCAGAUGAUGGUCGCUUAUGGAAUAGGCAUAAAAUGAUUGGUUACUCUCUAGUGUUUUGCUGUAUUCUUGUUUUUCUUGUUUUUGUCAUCUGUAAAAAUAAUUCUAGUUUGAAUAUCCCUAAUGCAGAAGAUUCUUUAAAUGGGUAUUUAAGUAUGGACAGUCAACUAUUAGUAUAA